UAGCUCGCUCUCCCUCCCCUCUCGCUCUCCCUCCCCUCUCGCUCUCUCACUCUCUGGCUCUCAUUCGUGGAGCUGCUGCACGUCGGCCAGUCUCCCGGGUCCGGCUUCACUGCAGUGUGGAGGGGGGCGGGGAGGACAGAAGAGGCAGGGCUCUCCAUCUCCGUGUGAUGCGCUGAGAAAAUGGUGCACCAGGAGAAACGCGUUUACCAGGCCCAGCGCAAUGAGAGAGAGUGCAUCAGGCAGAAACUCGCCCUUGGCAGUUUCUAUGACGACGAGCCAGUCAUCUACCCCAGCAAAAACGCCCAAUCCUCCCGGCUACAGGGUGGGCUGAACCUGCAGGUGUGUUUACUCAACGACAGCAGCAGCAGCGACAAGGACAGCGAUGCUGAGGACAGCAGGACGGAGACCAGCCUGGAUACACCCCUCUCACCACUGAGCAAGCAGAGCUCGUCCCUGUCUGACCGGGACACUGGGGAGGAGGACUCUGACCUGGGCGCCCUGGACGACUGCGGCGGGUUCUGGCAGGUCCAGCGGAGGCUCCAGGAAGAGGCCCAGGUGGCGCUGGCCCUGGCCCGGCCCAUGGCCCGCAUGCAAGUGGAGGUGGAGAGGCAGAUCCAGCAGCACCGGCGCUCGCCUGUGGCUGACUUGCUGCCCCACCUUCCCCAUAUAAGUGAGGGCUUGAUGAAGAGGAACCUCAGGAGAGGAGACAUGAGGGACAUGAGUCUUGGGCAGCUGCAAGUCAUCACAAACGACCUGCACUCCCAGAUACAGGCCUUCAACCAGGAGCUGGUGCAGCUGCUGCUGAUCCGGGACGAGCUGCAUGUGGAGCAAGAUGCCAUGCUGGUGGACAUAGAAGACCUGACCAGACACGCCCACACCCAGCAGCGACACAUGGCCGAGAGAGCUGCUUCCAAGUAACCCACCACCCAUCGUCCAGGCCUGCCCCGCACCAACCCUACCACCACCACCUGCCAACCAUCACAACCUCCAACCGCCCCCCACCAUCACUACCACCACCACCACCACCACCACGCAGCACACCUGAAGAAAGCCCUUCUGUACUGACUGUGUCUGGAAUAUAAAUGCAUCACAGACACACAGCCACGGGCAUACUCACAUCGCCUACCCCACACGGACGCUGAACCUCACCGAGGAAAUGUGACUCAUCGUUAUGUUAUGAGGUAAAAGGGGAGAGGCUGAACCAGAGAAUCUAUAAAGGGAAGGACUGUUGCAUUAGGUAGAAUUAGUUGAGUAAGUAUUUAAACUCCUCCAUACGUUCAACGGGACACAAGUUUGGCUAGGCCAAAUCAAAAGAUCUAAAUCUUUAGUGUCCCCCAGUUGAAAUUGUAAAAGGGGCACACAAUCAGUACCGUAUACAUGUAGCAGGUAGCAUAAAACGAUAAGGAGGGACAAGACAAGAAGCCCCACAUACAGUUAGUACUAUGAUACAAUAUUGUCCAGAAAGGGCCUAUAUCAUUGCCAGUAGUCAACAGUUUAAUCAAUUAAUUGCAUCAGGGAUAAAGGAGUUCCUGUUCCUUUAUGUAAUCCCCCUUGCCCCAUCUCGCUGCCUCUUGCCACGGCACUAGUGACAAAAAAAAUUUUUCUUAACGGAUGAGUCAGAGGAGUCUGAUGGAGCUGCUAUCAGCCAUAUUUACUUGCCCCACAAUUACAGAUGGACAUAUAAUGGAGGUCUCAACAUUGUGCAUAUUUGGCCAGUUUUUAACAUUACACAGCGAAAGAUGAGAUAUAUAUAUAUAUAUAUAUAUAUAUAUAUAUAUAUAUAUAUAUAUAUAUAUAUAGAGGGAGAGAGAAUUCUAUAAUGAUAUAUAUAUACACACAAAGACUAUGCCUGGUUGUAUUGUACUGUUCAUUAGUGUUUUCACAUUCGUUCUCAGCUUUGUAAAGAAGUUACAUGUUGCCUUUUCUAUUGUAAAGGAUUCCUUGUCAAAUGUACUGUUUGACGUUUUUGUGAACAAAUCAAAUAUAUAAAUGUUUUCAAUUCUAUCUUCUAUGCUGACUACCAGUAUCAAGUUUGACUCCACUGAAUGUGGUGUUGUGACCCUGAGAUUGAGUUGUAGUACAGGCUUAACUAGGACCGAAAGAGAAGUGGUUUGUGUUCCUUUACUGUUUACUACAUCAAGUUUCGUUCACACUUGCCACACCUUUUCAUGUUACUUUAAGGGGGCAGUCAACCCAUCUAAGCUCCGGUUGGGUGGGUGGAACACAGUAAUAACAAAUGUUGCUAGACUUUCCAACACAAAAUGUGCAGGCCUACUGAGAUUUAGGCCCCAUCUACACAGAGCCGAUUUUUGGUGAAACCACAUAAGUCUUGUGUGUUCGGCUGACCGUCCAGAUGGAUCCGGUGCCCGAAAACACACUUUUCGGAAACCAGGUCCCAGGUUUGAUUCAAAUAAAAACGGACCUAUGCGGUUUCGUGUUCAUUCACACUA